CGGCAACUGCGAAAGUGUCGCGAACGCGCCGCUGCCGCCGAGCAGAGUCACCCGGACGGCCCGAGUGGAAGGUGCAGACCUGUGAGGGGCUCCGGGUCCCGCGCGGGAUUAAAACCAAGCAACUAGCAGAAGACGAGCUAAAGAUCCAUGAGUGGACAUCGAUCAACAAGAAAACGAUGUGGGGAUCCUCACCCGGAGGCCCCUGUGGGCUUCGGGCAUGUGAAUGCCACAGGAUGUGUAUUAAGUAAGUUGCUUCAGUUGCCUACCCCACCAUUGUCAAAACACCAACUAAAGCGCCUAGAAGAACACAGAUAUCAAAGUGCUGGACGAUCCUUGCUUGAACCCUUAAUGCAAGGUUACUGGGAAUGGCUAGUUGGAAGAGUUCCAUCCUGGAUUGCCCCAAAUCUCAUCACCAUCAUUGGACUAUCAAUAAACAUCUGUACGACUGUUUUGUUAAUAUACUAUUGUCCCACAGCUACAGAACAGGCACCUCUGUGGGCAUAUAUUGCCUGUGCAUGUGGCCUUUUCAUUUAUCAGUCUUUGGAUGCUAUAGAUGGGAAACAAGCAAGAAGAACCAACAGUAGCUCUCCUUUGGGAGAACUUUUUGACCAUGGCUGUGAUUCACUUUCUACAGUCUUCGUAGUUCUUGGAACCUGCAUUGCAGUGCAGCUGGGAACCAACCCUGAUUGGAUGUUCUUCUGUUGUUUUGCCGGGACUUUCAUGUUUUACUGUGCACACUGGCAAACGUAUGUUUCUGGAACGUUGCGAUUUGGAAUAAUUGAUGUGACUGAAGUGCAAAUCUUCAUAAUAAUCAUGCAUUUGCUGGCAGUGAUUGGAGGACCACCUUUUUGGCAAUCUAUGAUUCCAGUGCUGAAUAUUCAAAUGAAAAUUUUUCCAGCACUUUGUACUGUUGCAGGGACCAUAUUCUCCUGUACAAAUUACUUCCGUGUAAUCUUCACAGGUGGUGUUGGCAAAAAUGGAUCAACCAUAGCAGGAACAAGUGUCCUUUCUCCUUUUCUCCAUAUUGGAUCAGUGAUUACAUUAGCUGCAAUGAUCUACAAGAAGUCAGCCGUUCAACUCUUUGAAAAACAUCCCUGUCUUUAUAUACUGACAUUUGGUUUUGUAGCUGCUAAAAUCACUAACAAACUUGUGGUUGCGCACAUGACCAAGAGUGAAAUGAGUCUACACGACACAGCCUUCAUAGGUCCUGCCCUUUUGUUUCUGGACCAGUACUUUAACAGCUUUAUUGAUGAAUAUAUCGUACUUUGGAUUGCUUUGGUCUUCUCCUUAUUUGAUUUAAUUCGCUACUGUGUCAGUGUCUGCAAUCAGAUCGCUUCCCACCUGCGUAUAAAUGUCUUCAGAAUCAAGGCCUCCACAGCACAUUCUAAUCAUCAUUAGUGACUUAAUUGUUAUUAUGAGAAAUAGGAAGCAGAUUUUUCUGCAGGAAAUUGAGGAGAAUGGGGGUGGAUAAGAACAAAUCUAAUUUAUAAUAAUCAAUGUUGUAUAACUGCUAUUCUUCGUUCUUGGUAACACUCCUUAACUAGCCUCUGUGAGAAGGGGGAAUUCCAAGUCCUAUCCUGUAAAACAUACAUGUAGUCCUACUGGUUUUGGCCCAAGAAAGCAUGCAGGAAAUAAUGCCUUGUCUUUGUCAUUACCUUUGAAUACUGAAUAAACUUGUCCUGGGGAGCAGAGCGGCAGCAAUGGAAAAUGUCUAAUGUAAACUAUUUACAGACCAUAAGACUGCUACUUUAUCAUUUUAAUAAAUCAUCCUCUUUUAGUGAAA